CGCAGUGGAGCCAAAUUUGAAGUGAGCAGAAACGCGGGGGCGCGGCCACGAAGCCUGACCGGUUGCGGUUUUCUUGGCUACCUGGGCCCCUUGAGAACGGUCAUCAUGCCUAUCCGUGCGCUGUGCACCAUCUGCUCCGACUUCUUCGACCAUUCCCGCGACGUAGCCGCCAUCCAUUGCGGCCACACCUUCCACCUGCAGUGCCUAAUUCAGUGGUUCGAGACAGCACCAAGUCGGACCUGCCCACAGUGCCGAAUCCAGGUUGGCAGAAGAACCAUUAUCAAUAAGCUCUUCUUUGACCUUGCCCAGGAGGAAGAGAGUGUCUUAGAUGCGGAAUUCUUAAAGAAUGAACUGGAUAAUACCAGAGCCCAGCUUUCCCAGAAAGAAAAGGAAAAACGAGACAGCCAGGUCAUCAUCGACACUCUGCGGGACACACUGGAAGAGCGCAAUGCCACUGUGGAAUCUCUGCAGAGCGCCUUAGACAAGGCCGAGAUGCUGUGUUCCACCCUCAAGAAGCAGAUGAAGUACUUGGAGCAGCAGCAGGAUGAGACCAAACAAGCACGGGAGGAGGCCCGCCGACUCAGGAGCAAGAUGAAGACCAUGGAGCAGAUUGAGCUCCUACUUCAGAGCCAGCGGCCCGAGGUGGAGGAGAUGAUCCGAGACAUGGGUGUGGGACAGUCAGCGGUGGAGCAGCUGGCUGUGUACUGCGUGUCUCUUAAGAAAGAGUACGAGAAUCUAAAAGAGGCUCGGAAAGCCUCAGGGGAGCUAGCUGACAAGCUGAAGAAGGACUUGUUUUCUUCCAGAAGCAAGUUGCAGACAGUCUACUCUGAACUAGACCAGGCCAAGUUGGAGCUGAGGUCGGCCCAGAAGGACUUACAGAGUGCUGACAAGGAAAUCGCGAGUCUGAAAAAAAAGCUAACAAUGCUGCAGGAAACCCUGAACUUGCCACCAGUGGACAACGAGACUGUCAACCGCCUGGUUUUAGAGAGCCCAGCUCCUGUGGAGAUGCUGAACUUGAAGCUUCGCCGGCCAGCUUUCAGUGAUGAUAUUGACCUCAAUGCCACUUUUGAUGUGGACACGCCCCCAGCCCGACCUUCUGGCAUGCACACCAAGAAGCUCUGCCAAGAGAACGCACACUCUCCCAUUCAGGACAUUCCCAAGAAGAUGCCCAAAGGCCCCAAGCAGGAGUCCCAGCUCUCACUGGGUGGCCAGCGCUGUGUGGGUGAGCCAGAUGAGGAGCUGGCUGGUGCCUUCCCUGUCUUCAUCCGGAAUGCUGUCCUGGGCCAGAAACAGCUCAAGAGGGCCAGGGCAGAGCCCUGUCGCAGCACAGAUGCAGUAAGGACAGGCUUCGAUGGGCUUGGAGGCCGGACAAAAUUCAUCCAGCCUACUGACACGACUAUGAUCCGACCACUGCCCGUUAAACCCAAGGCCAAGGCUAAGCAGAGAAUGGGGGCAAGGACAGUGCUCCCUCCCUCCCAGGCCAAGCUAGACACUUUCCUGUGGUAGUGAGAACAGUGAGUCUGAUCAAUGGCCAGAUACAUGCCUCUGACUUGUAAGCCAAGGACUGGUGACUGGCUCAUCAGGGAGUUUUGGAGGCAUGGCCCCUCUUCCAGGACCAGCCCUGAGGGCAAGGGGAGACAAGAAAAUGCGAUAAGGGUGAGGCCCAGAGACUGCUUCUUCUGCUCUCACUCUGCCUCACCCCCGCCAUACUGGGCCUACCUGUGGGAGUUAAUGUGACUAGCUCACUGUUCCUGCCGGCAGGACAUGCUCCUUGUUCCAGGCUCCCAUUUAUAACCAUGAUCAGAUGUGGCUGGGCUGUUUCUGGUUCUCCAGACCAGGGUCUUUUGUUGACUGUAUGGACCAAAGUGCUUGAGGCUUCCCAGGCAGCUUCAGCCUGCCAAAGCUUCUGCUGGCCUCCGACUUGCUGCUGGGCGUGGCCUGAGCCAAGCAGGAUGGGGAAUAGGGGAUGGUGGUAGGGAGAGAGUUGGGGGAAGAUUUCUAUGUAAAAUAAAA